GAAGUUAGAUGUUGAAACAGUUAUGAGUAUUGAUCAUCUGAAGCAGAAAAUUCCUCCAGCAUUGUUUUAUAAGGAAACCUACUUAGGUCCAAAUGAAGGUUUGAAGAAUGGGAUGUAUUGUAGCCUUUAUGAAGUUGUAGAAAAGCCAAGAAUUGGAAAUAACUUGGAAAGUUUACUGCAAAAACUGGAGAAAGAAAAACUUGUUCUUGUUAAGCCUUUGGGAGACCAAGGAUACCUUUUUCUUCUUUCUCCUUGUCAGAUGGUUCCUCCUUAUGAACAUCAUACAGUCAAGUCUCGAGUCCUACACGCCCUGUUUCUAUUUCAAGAACCUAGAACUAUAAUUACUUCACAAAAAGGUCCAACCAAUGCAGCAUCACAGGAAAGGCAUGAGAGCAUGCCAGAUGUUUUAAAAAUAACUCAGUUUUUACAAUUUGCGUUGAUUCAGUGUCGAAAGGAAUUCAAAAAUAUAAAUACUAUAAAUUUUCAUUCUGUUGUUGAAAAGUAUGUAAGUGAAUUUUUUAAGCGAGGUUUUGGCUCAGGUAAACGAGAGUUUAUCAUGUUUUCUUAUGAUGCACGAUUAGAUGAUAGAAAGUUCUUAUACUCAGCACCAAAAAAUAAAUCCCAUAUUGAUGAAUGUUUGCAUACAUAUAUUUUUCAACCUGAAAUGUAUCAGUUACCUAUUUUUAGAUUGAAAGAGCUAUUCGAAGAAAAUAGAAAACUUCAGCAGUUUAGUCCACUUUCAGAUUAUGAAGUUCAAGAAGAAGAAAUGAAUGGCACAAAAAUGAAAUUUAGAAAACGAAAUAAUUCAAGGAGUGAAACUAUAAAACCUAGAAAACAAAAAUCAUCUCAUUCUUUGGAUUAUGAUGAGGAUAGAGUCAAAGAAUUGAUUAACUUAAUUCAGUGUAGGAAAAAAAAUGUGGGUGGGGACUCAGACACUGAAGAUAAGAGAAGCAAAUCUGUCAUGAAGAGGAAACUUGAGGAUCUACCUGAAAAUAUGAGAAAACUUGCCAAAACAAGUAAUUUACCUGAAAAUUGCCAUCUGUUUGAAGAGUCUCCACAACCUGUUGCCUUAGUUGGACAUGAUGAUGACUGGAGACUGCAACAGCAAGAUACCUCUAACUCCAAUAAUUCUAAUGUCAAAACAUUGUUUAAUUGGCUUUCAGAAACACUUGCAAAUGCACGCCAUUCUGAUGCAUCUCUGACAGACACAGUGAACAAAGCCUUAGGAUUGAGUACUGAUGAUGCCUAUGAAGAAGAACUGAGACAUGAGUAUGAGUUAAACUGUGCAUCAGAUAGGAAAGAUUAUGUGCAGUCAAAUUGCACAAAAAUUGAAAAUGUACAUUUUAAGAAUGCUCAGAGUCCACAGCUGGAAGCUGACACAUCUUUACAGUUUCCUGUUACUAUUUCUGCUGGUGAAAUAGGCACUGGCCAUAAGCUGCAUUUGAUAGAAGAUGCAAAUUUAAUUAACGUCAAUAAUUUUGAAGAGUGCAGUUUGUGUCCCACUGUUCCCAUUGAACAUGGAUUCCAUAGACAACACUCCAAGUCAAGUAAUGUUGAAGAGACUGAAAUACACUGGAAAUUGAUUCCCAUUACAGGAACAAAUGCAAGAAGUCCAGAAGACCAUCUGGGGAAACAUGAUGAGAAACAAACACCAGACACAGUAAAGCGCACCAGUGAGGAUGACGUAUUGACAGGUCAGGUGAUGACAGUUGAAGAGCAGUGUGUGCCAGCAGCAGAGCCUUCAGCAGUGAGUGAGACUACAGAGAGAACAGUGUUAGGAGAGUUCAUUGUCUUUUCUAGGAAAUUAGAAGAAACUCUGAAGCAAACAAAUGUUUCAUAUAUUAGGAGCACAUGUACACCUGACUGUACACCACGAAAGAAGAUGAAACGACUUUCUAAGUUUACAUAUUCUAAGACUUACAAAGCUGGUAUGCAGGAAUUUGUAGAUGGUUUGUGUGAAAAACUAAACACUGCUAUUAAUGCAUCAGUCAGGGGUUGGGAUUUGCCAACAGUCAAUGAUUCUGGUACCACAAUAACAUUGAAUACGAUGGGAAAGCGUGUCAUAUCCGUUUCCUCAAGUGACUUCAACAAUAAAGACCUCCUUGAGCCAUUUUGUAGUGAUGGAUUAAAAGACAUGAACUCCAAUGAACUACAACAACAUUCCUCUUCAACUUUAACUGAAGUAGAAAUGAACCAGCCACAUCAUGCCACAGAAUUAAUGAUGACUUCAGACCAUAUUGUACCUGGUGAAAUUGCUAGGGAACCAUUAGAAAAAGAAAUAACAAAAUCGCCCAGUGAUAUAACCAUUUCUGCCCCACCAGCUCUUUCAAAUUUUAUAAGCCAAUUAGAGCCUGAAGUAUUUAAUAGUUUGGUUAAAAUCAUGAAAGAUGUCCAGAAAAAUACUGUGAAGUUUUAUAUUCAUGAAGAAGAAGAGUGUAUGCUCUCUAAAGAAAUAAAGGAAUAUCUUACCAAAUUAGGCAAUACAGAAUGUCAUCCAGAACAGUUUUUGGAAAGACGAUCAGAACUAGAUAAACUAUUGAUUAUUAUCCAAAAUGAAGACAUUGCAGGUUUCAUUCACAAGGUACCUGGCUUGGUGACUUUAAAGAAACUCCCCUCUGUUAGUUUUGCUGGUGUUGACAGCCUGGAUGAUGUUAAAAAUCAUACCUACAAUGAAUUAUUUGUAUCUGGAGGUUUUAUUGUAUCUGAUGAAUCAAUUCUAAAUCCAGAAGUUGUCACAAUUGAGAGCCUUCAAAUUUUUUUGACAUUCCUUGAAGAACUUAGCACUCCGGAAGGAAAAUGGCAGUGGAAAGUACACUGCAAAUUUCAGAAAAAACUAAAGGAAUUGGGCAGGUUAAAUGCCAAAGCUCUUAGUCUGUUAACACUUCUGAAUGUCUAUCAGAAGAAACAUUUAGUUGAAAUUUUAUCAUACCACAGUUGUGAUUCACAAACUCGAAAUGCUCCAGAAUUGGAUUGCCUUAUCAGACUUCAGGCUCAAAACAUACAACAACGACAUAUCGUCUUUUUAACAGAGAAGAAUAUCAAGAUAUUUUCCAACUACCCAGAAAAUGGAAUAGUUGUUGCAACUACUGAAGACUUUAUGCAAAACUUCAAAAAUCUUGUGGGCUAUCACAACUUAAUCCCAGAAGAAAAUGUCCCAUCGCUUGGUGCUACUGAGAAUCUUGAGUCCCAGUCAGCUCUUUUAGAAAACGAUGAAAAGGACGAAGAGGAUAUGUCUCUGGAUUCAGGGGAUGAAAUCUCACAUAUAGAAGUAUUCAGCAGUUUUCAUUCAGAAAUAUUGGCGAAAGAGACCAAAGGAUCAAGUGGAACAGAUCAAAAAAAGAAUAUUCAAAUUGAAUUGCAAUCGUCUCUAGACGUGCAAAAAAGUUUAUUAGAAGAUAAGACUUACCAAAUUGAUUGUGAAGAGAGAGCUCCUAUUCAUAUAGUAUGCUCUGAAGGAGAGGACAGCAAUUCAGAACAAGAUUCAUAUAGCCAUUCUUGGGUUUAUCAUAAUGAAUUAAAUGUGUCCCAUCAGUUUAGUCAUUUUAAUGUUCUUACUCAUCAGACAUUUUUGGGGACACCAUAUGCCCUUUCAUCAAAUCAGUCUCAAGAAAAUGAAAAAUUAUAUCUUCUUACAAAAGCUUCACUAGAGAGAAAUCUCCAUUAAGUUAAGGGGAAAAAAAUGAUUGUUUUUUUUAUAGGUUAUUGUGUACUUUGUUUCUUAAAAGUGAAUGAACAAUUUAUAUUUCAUUCUUUAAACAAAAGGUUCUUAUCCUUUCUAAAAUGUUUUUCCCUCAUAUUUAAAUCAUGAUGGCCUGUAACAUCUGAAGCAUCUAAAAACUGAAAUAAAUAUAUAUUUUUUAACAAAUUGUACUUGAAUUAUCUCAUGUUGGCACUUUUUAUGUUUUACAUUUGUUACCUGUAGUUGCACUUCAAAUUGAAGGCUAUCUUCUAUGUAAAAUUAGAUAUUAAUAGAAAUAUAGUAAACAGCAAUGGCUUUACUUUUAUUUUCUCUCAUGUCAGAUUUUGCUGAAACAAAUUGUCAACUAUUUAUUUUAGAUAAAGCCUUUGUAUAGUGUUUACACAGGUCUAAGCCAUUGCUGUUAAUAUUUAUAGGAUUUUGGUUCUGUAUCUCAAGAUGUAUCUAACAAUGCAAUUUUAUCUAGGUAAUAAACUUAUGUAUAUAAUAAUA